AUGCCACGCUACCUGGGAAUCGACUUCCUUGCGGAUGCAUUACGACAGCGCAAAAACAUGCUUUCCCAGAUGCUUCUCACAAUACCGAGCCAUUUGGAGUAUGUAGAUACGUACACCCAUAAUGGAACAGCUACUGAUAGGACACGACUUAUUCCUCGACUGAAGGAAAUGAUUCCCUUCAAGUUGUCAAGUAGACAACCCAUUGACUACCUGGCACAGAUCACAGAAAUCUCAGGCAACAUCCAGCGGCCUGUGGCCUACAGCUCAGAGAAGACUGGGAAAGACAUUGUCCCAAGCUCCAACCCAGACUCCCCUUUGGUAUCCUUUGAUAUGUGGUCUGAUCUUGAAGAGGAAAUCGUGGAUCAGGUCAUCAGCUCAUUAGCACCAGACAAAGAACAGUUUACACCAAUCGAUGAAAAGUCUGACGAUGACUCUAUGAAACUAGAAGAAGUGGAAUUCACAGACAACCUCUAUUCCAUUCGCCAGAAGAUUCCUGACAUUAACGUCCUAGCUUCAAGGUUGAAAACCAAACUUGUUCAAGACCCUCUUUUGUUGGACAGCCAUGGUAAUCCCUUAGAAGAGAAGAGCCUUUUGAGAUCGGAAAUUCAGGCGUCUUUCAGGGGAAAAAAUGCCGAAGGACUAGGAAAGGAGGACAAGGAAAUGUUUUUAAAGAUACAUUGCGGUGACAAUGUGAAUGAGAAUGAGGAUGAAAUCGAAGACGUUUUCAGUCCAGAAAUCACAUCAAAAGAUGCAUUCUGCGCUAAAGAGACACUCAGAUUGCUUGAUCUACAUGAAAAGAACGAGCUUGUAGGGGAGAAACCUGAGCUGCUGUUACAGCAACCCACUCACACAGGUGUUGAAACUCUCACAGGUUCUGAGGAGAGCAGUGAAUUAAAGACAAAUGAUUUUGUGAAAUUAAAUGAAGGAGAUCAAACCAACGCUUGCGAUGUCUUGGAGGAUCAGCAGUUACUGGAAUCUCCAUCUCAUCUUCCAACUGUCGCAAGGAAUCACAGCAGCAAGAAGUUUAUUAGUAGUUUGCAACCUUUUAAAUUAUCUACUGAGAUAACUAGCCCACCGCUGUCACCCAACAAGGUCAAGCAGUGUGUACAAAACAUAUGGGAAAAUGAAAAGUUUCUCUUCAGCGAACACUUAGCAAUGGUGCUUCCUGUACCAACUACUUCAUCCAGGAGAAGAAAGGAUCAUUCGACGACUUUGAUACAGGAGGCAAUGAAGAAGUUGACCCUUUCACAAGAUUUAUUGGAUGGAAAGGUGGAGCUAGGCAUACCGUGGAACCCGCUCGCUGUGUCGACGAGGCAAAUGGAGAAUUGCCAAAUAUAUCUACAGUCUGUUUCGUCGUGGAGUGAUGAAAAGCAAUCACAAAGUGAAAUAUCUCCUCACCGAAAGGGAACUGCAAGGGAAACCUUUAGUAAAAAUAACAUUUACGAUGAGGUACAAGAUGGAAGCUUGUCGCGAGACUUACAGCCGUUUUCAGGGGGAAAGCCGAAGGAACAACAAUCGGGUGAGGAUGGAGGAAAAACGCAGACAUUGGCUUCAAAACGCGAUAUCCAUGACACUUUGUCUACACUUUCGACUUCAUCAGAUACCACAACGAGAUUCAAUUCACGCUCGUCAAACACCAGCAAGUUUGUGACAGAGGUUAGAGAUACCUCCGGAGAGACAGACGAACGGGAACCAUAUUUCACGAAACGCACAAUAAUUCCGGCAUUAAGACAAUUUUCUGGUGGCAUUGAUGAUUUCUUUUUACUCAGGGAAGGUCAUAAGAAUGCCUCAAAGUCACCCAGUUCUGGCCAAUGUGCACCAACAAAAAAAGUCGUAAAAGCGGCGAAAGUGCGUCCUUCGGUGUUCACAACAGAGCAGACAGGAUUCAACUCUAGUGAAACGCAAGAUCCAACGGGCUAUGAGUGUCACAGCCAGCUACAUAGUAACUAUCCCGUACGGCAGCGUGACAUACCUGUUGAACUGUCAGACGAUUUCCAAGAAAUUUUAGACGAGUUGAUCGGGCAUGUAAAGCCUCUUUUAUCUAAGCUUCAGAGAGCUGGGGUUGUGCCACAAACUAAGACGCUUUCGAACUUAAAUCCAGAGUAUACAAGAUUCGUUUUGAAGCAAACUCAAAUGUCCCUUAAUGAAGGAGAGCACAAAAGUGAUAUUUAUGGCAUGUCUAUAUGCCUGCAUGCGCUUGUCUCUUCUGUUGAUGUUCUUAUGCAUAGUGGUUUGGAAGCUGCAGUAGCCUUCUUCAGCUCAAUAAAUGAAAAGUACAGCAGUUUAAUAGGGGGAGCUCUGGAAUCAACGCGGAGAUACCUCUUCGAAACACGUUUCGCGUUUGAACAGCAGAAAAUAAUUCACCCAAAGCUUUCAAAGCUGCUAACCAUCGUAGCAAAGUGGAGUAAAGAUCAAGAAGCCUGCAGCGCAAACGCUGCUAUCAUCGUUUACACUUUCCACGAAAAGUUAACCAAAGAAAUUACAGAGACAUUGUCAGGUUUACACGGAGUUCAGACCAGGUUAUUUAACAAGGACACAGAAAUCAAUGCUUUGCAGGAAGAAAAUGGACAACUGGUAAUCUAUGUUGUGAAUGGCUUAGCAGCAAGCGAGGAUUUUCCGUGGGCAAGUUUUGACUUUGUGCUGGACUACAACCCGAGUGGAACAGUAACAAGGGAGGAACUUUCUCGCAGCACAAGACUUAAAUCUCAUGUAAUCUUGAAAACGAUUUCAAAAGUUUCAAUGGGAAAUCAUUUAAGUGAGGCCGAAGUCUCAUAUCUAACUCAAGCUGUAAACUAUGUGUAUGCAUCAAAGGAUAACGACAUUUAUUAUGUGCUGAAUGCCAGUCUCAUAACCAGUGUAAAGGACCUCACGUGGUUAUCUAUCAUUUCUCUCUCAGACAUUAGUGACGCCAGCUUGUUAAGCGACCAAGAUCAGUACAUUUUCAUCGGCAGUGAAAAAUUUACACAUAAUAAAGAUCUCCUGCAUCUCCUCGAAACUUGCCACAAUGUCAUGAUCUAUGAAAGACGAAGAAGUAAGACAAACUCUGAAGAUUCUCUGAACAAAGUGCUUCUACAGCCAGACGUGAUGAUUGACGAGAGAACCUGCAUUCAUCUCCAGCAUUUGUCCUCUCUAACAGAUGAGAACGAAUAUAAAGGAUUGAGAGAUGUGGUGCUGUCACUGUCCCUUAAAUGCCACAAGUGUCAUAUUAUCAUGUAUUCUAACAAACAGCCAGACCAUGCCUUUACAGGAGAAGUUCUUCGCCACUUAUCCCUUCUGUUUGCCAGCUGUGCUCAUUUUCAAAAGAAUGAGUUUGAAGUGGAGAUCCUGUACUCCUUUACUAUGAAAGAAACUGCUCGUCUCAUCAGACAGAUAGGUGACAAAGCUAGGGCACAGUCUCCAGUGUGGAACAAGAUGGAAUGGCCAAAAAGGAAAUGGUUAACAAACGAAGCAAGUGCGCAUGAGGAGUUCCUGGUGUCACUUCCGUGUAUGAAUUCAUUCAGCGCACAAGUGAUGCUAACCGCUGCCCCACUAGCUGAGCUGUUGAAAAUGUCACCUGAGGAAUUGAAAGAAACCUGUCCUUGGAUUCCGCCGAAAACUCUCUCAGAAUUUUACAAGUCCGUGAACUGGUGUUCUGAGUUAGACCCUGAUAUGCCAGUCUUUUCAAUAGCGCAGCCGUCACUUCAAACUUCCUCACAAAGCUGCUGUGCUGUAGAACCGUCGCCACAUCAAAUGCCCUUGGCUGCCUCAGAGUCCAAUUCUUCCCCUGAUAGCAUGGUUGCUACAAGAAAUGCCUUGGUGGAAUCCACUGACUACAGGCUUAAUGAUCCACCGUCACUUUGGGUAAAUAUUCAACAAACGCGAGAAACCACGAGAGACCCUGUGACUGAUAGGGUUUAUCAUACUUACCCUCAAGAUAAACCAGUAACUGAUGACUGGUCUGCUGGCGCCUUUGGAGAUCGCUUGAAUUCUUUUCUCGCCGUUUCUCAAAGAGACGAGGUUGAACAUCACUGCCCUCCAUACCCAGAUAUUCCUGAUACACAUGAUAACGAAUGGAGACCCUUGAUAGCGAGAAAUACAUCUUCAAAGUCGUGGAAGGACAACGUUGAAUCAGAUUUGAGGCGAUGCAUCACAGAGAAAAAGGUACCGUACAUCAGGUAUGAUCACCAAGUAACGUCCAACUAUCCAGUUAAGAGUCAUUAUUUUUCUGAAUUUCCCGGUUCCUGUCGAUCAAGACCCGAAGAAAUAAGCCAUUUAAGGGAUGAAAAUGAAGACUACUUGACGCAUGACGAAGACAUCGACGUGACUGGUCGCUCAGCGAUGUCUUUAAACUUUCCAAUAGCAAGAGGAUCUACGACACACUCUUCGAGAGAACAGAAUGAUCACUUUGACUCGUCUUUGGACAGAAACGUCUGCGGUCGAAGGUACCAGAACCCCAGAGAUUACCGUACUCAUCAGAUACCGCAAGCACGUGUACUGGAUAAAGAUCAUUCAAGCAAACGCGUGAGGCAAGCUGUGCGAGUAUUAGACCUUGGAAACGAGGCUACCCGUGCUGUUCCAACUAAAGUGGGAAUAGCUCAACCACAAAGGAGAGUUUAUGGCUCAUCUGAUUAUCCUCAAGUGUCUGUACGGAGUACAUCAAGUCAAGCGCUAAGAGAAAAUACUGUCGCUAGUAAACACAAACGAGUUAGUCUUGGUAUUGAAAGAUCUACUAACUCUGCGUCAAAAGGUGCACAACAGCUACGAGGAGGGGAGCACGCGGUAACAGCAAAACGGCCGUCCCUAGACGAUCCUGAUAAAUGGUCUGUCUUCCCUUCGUACCUGUCCUCAAAACGGCGUAAGCUGACCUACGAAAAGAUCCCUGGUGUAGAAAGCGGUCAAACUAAGCUUGUGUUCAAGUACGACAAGUAG